GGAAAAGUAAGCCCUAUGAAAAAGAAUUGCUGGACAUAACUAACAACUACGGAAUCGUGUGCUUAGCUGUUGGUGAAAUUGUAGCAAAACAAACGAACGAGUUGCUGGCAAUAGAGGGAAAUUCGAAAGCUUUGUAGCUUCUUCUUCUCCUUUUCUCUCAAUGACUUCCAACGCCACUAAAGUUUCGUUCUCCGUUCAAUCAAAAUCAAACCGGAAACAGUCAAAAAGCCUCCAUCUUCAACAUGAAGAUCAAGAUGAAGUUCAACCCACCAAACACUUCGUCACCGAAUUCGAUCCAAACCAAAACCUAACCGACGCCAAGCCGAAACCCAGACUCAUAUUACCGCCUAAAUCCAAUGAAUCGCGUCCUUACAAGAAAAUGAAGAACAUUGACCUCCCCAUUGAAACCUCUGACCAGCUUCAAUUGGAGCUCCAUAGCACAACCGGCGGUGCUGAAGGUGCCGCUCAGAUUACGUACGGUCUUAAUUUGAGGAAGAGUGUUGGCGGUAAUGAGGAUGAGGAAAAAGCGUCUGACUCUGUGUCCGCGUCUGAGCCUGUAGAGAGGGUGAAAUCGAAGGAUGUGAAGUUUGAUUUGGAGGAAUUGCCCGACGAUGAGGGGUUUAAGCAGUUUGAAGAUAUGCCGGUUGAGGAUUUUGGUGCUGCGUUGCUUGCCGGAUUGGGUUGGUAUGAGGGUAGAGGGCUUGGUAAAAACCCUAAGGGAAAUGUUCAAAUUAAGCAAAUUGAGAAGAAAAGUUUUGUUUCUGACGAUGCUAUUACUGGUUUGAUGAGUGGUAAGGAGAAGAGGAAAGAGGACAAACGCAUGGACUCAAAUGGAGGCGAUAGGAUGGAUAAACCAGUCAAACAUCGAAGACAGGAGAGUGAAGAUAGAGAGAAUAGAAAUGGCAAUGGGAGCCAAAAGCAUAGAGAGAGUGAAAAGAGAGGUAGUGUUAAUAAUGGGACUGAAAGAAGUAGUAGAGAGGGUGCAAGGAGAGGCAGUAAUAAUGAUGGGAACAAGAAAAGGAGAGAGAGUGAGAAUAGACACAGUAAUAGUGAUGAAGAGAGGGCUUCUUGGCUAAGGCGUCAUAUUAGAGUAAAGAUAAUAAGCAAAGAGUUUAAGAAGGGAAGAUGGUAUUUGAACAAGGGAGAGGUGGUUGAUGUGGCAGGAACUAAAUGUGAUAUAUUGAUGGAUGACGGCAGAGAAUUGAUAAAAGGUGUUGAUCAGGAUCUUCUUGAGACUGCAUUGCCGAGAAAUAAAGGUGGGGUUCUUGUUUUGUAUGGAAAACAUAAGGGUGUGUAUGGGAGUUUAGUCAAUAGGGAUAUGGAUAGAAAUACUGGCAUUGUUUUUGAUGUGGAUACAGAAGAGUAUUUGAAUGUUAAUCUAGAGCAGAUUGCAGAGUAUACUAGAUGCCCAAGUAGUAUUAAGUAUUGAUUCUCUUGCCUCAACAAGAUGUUGCCCUGUGAUCAAUAGGUAUUUCAAGCUGCACCUCCUGUUAACACAUAGGGUGAUAUAUAGUUAUUUCAUGCUAGGAACAUUGUUAAAACAUUUUAUCUCAUUCUAAAUGAAAUUUCUUGUUGUAUUUUAA